UUGUACAUACUCAAAAAUGAAUACAUUUAUCGGUUGUAGAAAGUUAAUGCUUAAAAGUAGCAAUUCCUGUUUGACAUUUACUUUGAAAAGAGGAAAGUUCAAGAUGAAAAACAAGCAAGAGACCAUUUCAAAGUUUAACAACUGUGACCGAGCCCUGGAGAACUUUGAUCUUUACUACAAACCUGUUUAUGGAGAAAGGUGGCCAUCAAUAAGGAUAUCCUUGCUUACUGCCAAAAAGUCAUGUGUUAUUAUAAAUAAUUUUGUAACAGAAAAUGAAUAUGGCGACACAUUCAGUGAUCUGGGCGCAGUGGAUAUUUUAGAGCUUGCAAGAAAAAGGCAAACGGCUUAUGCUAAUAAAAUGAAUAAAACAAAUAUUAAACAAAGUUCAUUAGACCAAGCAGAUGUGUUGAGAAAUGUAUCGAGUGAUCAGUAUGCUUCUCAAGAGGACAAUUAUAGCAAUGUUAGUGAAGAACAAAAUCCAGUUUAUGACAGCAUCAUCAGCGAAACCGACAGGAAGAACCUGGAUCUCUUUAUGCCUGCUCAGGUGGUCUACUCUGACCAUAUGGAGCAACGCAUUGAGGAAGUACGACAGAGCAUUUACACCCCGCAGGAUGUAAAGGUUGACAUUGUUCAACCAGCCCCGGUCAGUCUCUCAGUGGACCUUACUGCCCUUGCCUUCCCACCCGGUGAUGUCAACAUGUUCCCAGAGCCAAAAACACAAAACCGUGGAGGCCUUCUCUGUCACUUCAUGCUGGAUGCCAGUUCCAUAUUGCCUGUGUUGGCCCUGGACCUCCACGCUGGGAACCGACUCCUUGACCUGUGUGCUGCCCCGGGAGGCAAGGGCCUUGCCGCUUUACAGACCCUUAAACCAGAUCAGGUGCUGUGCAAUGAUAUAUCCAAGUCACGCCUGAAUCGUCUCAAGAGCAUCAUGCGUCUGUACGUGCCGGAUGAACACCGUGUCCGGAUCAAGACUACCCUCAGAGAUGGCCAGAAAUUUACACAACAAGAGUUUGACAAGGUGUUGGUGGAUGUGCCAUGUAACACUGACCGACACUCGGUGCUGGACGGAGGAAGGAACCUGUUCAGUCCUGCACGCAUCCAGGAGCGCAUUGGUCUGCCAAAGCUGCAGACAGAACUACUUCUAUCAGGGUUACAGUGUGUGAAAGUUGGGGGAUGUGUGGUGUACUCUACCUGCACACUUUCCCCCGCACAAAAUGACGGCAUUGUGCAGUCAGCUCUUGACAGACUGUGGCGCGAAACCAACAUCUCAGUGGAGAUAGAAGACCUUGCAGAAUUUAGACAUAUCUUCUCAGACACCCUUUCCUUCUAUGACUCUUGUAGAUUUGGACAACUUGUGAUACCAUCACUUUCUAAAAACUUUGGACCCAUGUAUUUUUGCAGAAUUCGACGAAUAUCGUAGUGAUAGUUAUGUGUUUUUUGUUGGUUCAUAUUAUGCUUGCAGAAAUAAAAUUAAGAAA